UUGUCGCCGCCAUUUUUCUUGUUUUUGUGUACCGGGAGAACUGCGGUCUCCCUUCACAGUGUCUUGGAAGAGAAAAAUCGGUUCCAUUUCCACAUCUAACUAUUCUCUUCGUCAUUUGUGGAUUAAACUUUGACACAAGCGAGCGGCGCGAGUAAAGAAGGCGGCAUGGCGCAGUACAAAGGAGCGGCCAGCGAGGCCGGGAGAGCCAUGCAGCUGAUGAAAAAGCGAGAAAAAGAAAGAGAGCAGCUUGUGCAGCUCAAACAGAAGAUCGCAGAGGACAACAUGGUGAAGUCCAACAUCGACAAGAAGUUCUCCGCUCACUACGAUGCUGUUGAGGCCGAGCUCAAGUCCAGCACAGUUGGACUGGUGACUCUGAAUGAUAUGAAGGCCAAGCAGGAGGCGCUGGUGAAGGAGAGAGAGAAACAGCUGGCCAAGAAGGAGCAGUCCAAGGAGCUCCAGCUCAAGCUCGAGAAGCAGAAGGAGAAGAAGCGAAAGGAGGAACAGAAGAGGAAGAUCGCCAGUUUAUCGUUCAACCCGGAGGACGAGGGCGAGGAGGAGGAGGAGGAGGAGGAGAACGAAGACGAAGAGCUGGACUACUCUCCGGCUAGGAAGAAGUAUCUGGGGAAAAAUCCAGAUGUGGACACAAGCUUCCUUCCUGAUCGAGAUAGAGAGGAGGAGGAGAACCGUCUCAGAGAGGAACUCAGGCAGGAGUGGGAGCUCAAACAGGAGAAGAUUAAGAGUGAGGAGAUUGAGAUCACGUUCAGCUACUGGGACGGCUCCGGGCAUCGUAAGACUGUCAAGAUGAAGAAGGGGAAUACCAUGCAGAACUUCCUGCAGAGGGCGCUGGAGGUCCUUAGGAAGGACUUCAGUGAGCUCAGGUCUGCAGGAGUGGAGCAGCUGAUGUACAUCAAGGAGGAUCUGAUAAUCCCACAUCACCACAGCUUUUAUGACUUCAUUGUAACCAAAGCCAGAGGAAAAUCUGGUCCUCUCUUCAGCUUUGACGUGCACGAUGACAUUCGACUGGUGAACGACGCCACCGUUGAGAAAGACGAGUCUCAUGCAGGUAAAGUGGUGCUGAGGAGCUGGUACGAGAAGAACAAGCACAUCUUCCCCGCUAGCCGCUGGGAGCCGUACGACCCUGAGAAGAAAUGGGACAAAUAUACAAUCCGGUGAAGCCGCUCUCCUCUCCGGACCUCCGGGAUCCACCAGCAAAACUUUUAGUUGUUAACCUCAGUCUUAUGCCACUUUCCAUAUUUCAUCAAUUCUAUCAGGGUUUGAUAAAAGCACUAAUUGAUGUUUUUUACUUGGUUUGUAAAAUACCAA